CGCGCGCGUUCAGCUGACGUCGACCACCGGAUGUGAAGUGGACGCUAUUCUUUCCUUCGUCAUCGUGACGUCUCUAAAAUUCGUUUGGCCGUUCAUCCAAUGAGAGCGCGUUUAAGGGCAAUAAAUGCGAGUGGCUCCGCUCCAAUGCCUUCAUAUGUUCAAGAUGGAUAGUGUUGGCGAAACUGACAUGCGCUCGCUCCAGCACCAGGAACGCAGUACCGCCGAUGCGCUGGCCAUUGACUUUCAGCGAACCUGCUCUGUGGGUGACACAAACUGUUCUCCUGGAUUGAACCAGCCUGGCGAGCCACAAGCCUCCUCUGAUGGCGACGACAGCUCCUGUCCGCGGAAGCAGUUGGAUGGCAGCCCGCCUAGCGUCGGCGCAGCGUUUGGGCCAUGGUCGCAUGCUGUGAACGCGGCAGCAUUGGGAAACACCGCUCCUCUAAAAUUGGAUCUGCAGUCGUGGCUGCGCUACGCGGGGGUUUCGUGGAACGUUAUUUCCCCUAGAGUUAUACCCAGAGUGCGGUAUCUGAAUCCGAUGCGCUGGUGGACACCGCGCAAGUUCGAGGCUUAUCUCUUAGAACAGGAGCAGAGUCCGGACGCCGAACUGCGAGAUUUGUGCAGAAUGGUGCGAAACCGGAUGCGACCCCGGAAUGAACUCGACGGACCUAACCAGGUCUACUCGUGGGACGCAGGUUGGGUCCCUAUAGCUGGACGUCCAGUCGACUCCAACUCUGCUCCAACGUUGCCUCACGGCCAUUCUGACCCCCCGAGCUUCGACGACGAGGCCUGAAGAAGGCUUUAUAUGCCUAAAUUUUACCAUUUUUGUAAUACAGAAUGCACUGUAUUACGAAAAAAUGUUUGAUAAUUUUUUUUUCUUUAGUCUUUCAACUGUGCUUGUCAACCCUGCUCUUUAACGAGAAAGAGUAGCUGAAGUGGCAUCAACAUGACUGCCGGAUGUACAAUAAAUGAUU